UGCGCGCGCAGUGCACGAUGGUCGCGCACGCCGUCUCCGCGUUGCUCGCGCUCGCCGCGAUCGCGGCGCACGCGCAGGAAGCAUCACUAUGGGUAGACGUGGCUCCAUCGACAGACGAAGUGGAAGUUGAGAGGAGGUACACCCCAGAGUUGGAGACUGAACUGCAGUCAGCAAAGGAUGACGCACUCCUCCUAUACACGGAGUUCACGGCGCGAUCAGGGUUGGAACUGAAGAUGUUCCUGAAGGAGAUGACCGGCUUCGCGGACAAGUCGCUUCGCACGAUGGACGCGGGGAUUCUGGCUAAUGCUCCGGAAUCCUGCAGGAGUGAGCUGGAGAGGAGCCUCCGCAAGAUCGAGCACGACGCCAAGCUGGCCGCCAGUUUCAGCGGCGUCAACCACCACAAGUUCCUGCAGGGACACAUGGUCGUCUUCCGCAUGCAUUUGAAUAAGAGCGAAGACUACAUAAAGAAAUGUGACCAAGUCAUAAGAAGCUGUGGGACACCUUGCGAAACGACCCCUCGGGUGCGUCGGUGGCGCCGCCACGCGGCUGACGAGCUACACCGAGUGCGCGACGACCUACAAUUCUCGCGGCGGUCGUACCGCGACCUGUUGACGCACUCGCACCGACACCUCAACCACCUACGUCGGCAGGCGAACAAGAAGGCCAAAGAGGCCACCGACAUGUUUGAGCAAUGCUCGAAUUAAUUCGAAAUCUGAUAGAGUUAGGAUGAUUUGACAAUUGUAGCUGAUGGCAGGCUUUAGGGCUCUUUCAAAUACGUUUUGAACAGGACGUUUGUCGUCCAUUUGCAGCACCACACAUGGAAAAUUGUAUGACAAGCUACAGUUAUGCCUAGCCUGGAUAAUAGUGCGGCUGGUACUGACCAACCGCGUU